AUGUCCGAAAUAAAAGCAUCAUGUGACGAAAUCAGGGAUAAAACAUUGAAAUUAAAAAACGAUUCGCACUGCUUAAGGGACGAAACAGACAUCAAUACCUAUUGGAAUACACGUUAUACACGUGAGGCUUUUGAGGACAGGUCUGCGGAAAUAACAUUAUGGAAAAACGUGAUUCAAUUGCUCUACGAUGAUUUAGAAAGAGAAGUGCAGUACAUGCAAGACGAUAAAUCAAAAACCGAAGAUGUUCUUAAAUUUUUGAAUUUGAAUUUUAAAAUAACAAAUCAUUGCAAAAGUAUACGCGAUGAGCGAGAGAGUGCAGAUUUUUGUCAUGAUAAUGCAUCCGUCGAACUAGAUGUCGAACAUAAAAAUUUAGAAAAACUGAAAACAUUAUUGACGGAAACAUGCCAAGCUGCAUGGGAACAGCUAAAUAAACUACAAGAGUUAAAAAUGAACGUAGCUCAUGACUUGGAAAAUAAAGUUAAUGCAAUCUGUAUAAAUACUAAAUUGUUGGAGCUGACAAAAAACUCUGAAUAUUUACAUCUUAAAGAUCCGUCUAGGGUUGCGAAACAGUCUAUCACAUAUGAAAAAUGGCUACAGUGGUGUAAACAUCUUAAACGAUGUAUUAAAGAUGAAUUGGUUCUUUCGAAAAAGAUGCGGGAGUCCAUGUUUCUGCCACGAAAUAAAACUAAAUACGAUCUGCGUAGUCAAAACGAUAAAAUAAAUAGUGCUCUAAGAAAACGUAUAUAUGAAACGAAAAGGAUUCAAAAUGAAUUAGAAUGGCUCCAAUAUAAUUUGUUGACGGAUAAAGAAAGACUUCUGAAAGAAAUCAAAAGAUUAGAGGAUACUGUAUCAGUACAAUUGAACUCUAAAAAGUUGGCCGAAACACUUAGCGAUGAGAGAACGUAUAUACGUGGUGCUGAAUUGUGCACGGAUAUAACUGAAAAUUCUUUGAAAAAAGAACGAUUUCAACUCGACAGCAAUAUUAAGAAUUUAACGUGCAAGCUAGAUCAAACUAGACGUACAUUUAACGAUCUCUUAGAACAAAUUAGUGCAAUAACAGUGGAAUUAGAACAUAAAAAAUCAUACAUUAAAAGUCGAUCAGAAAUGUCUCGAGUACAGAAAACAACUAGACAAAAGGAGUUAAACUCGAAAGAGUCUUAG